CAUCCUGAAAAUGUUUAACAAAUCCUUUGGAACUCCAUUUGGAGGCAGCACUGGCUUUGGGACAACUUCAACUUUUGGACAAAAUGCUGGCUUUGGUACUACAAGUGGAGGAGCAUUUGGAACAUCAGCCUUUGGGUCGAACAAUAAUACUGGAGGCCUCUUUGGGAGUACACAGACAAAACCAGGAGGAUUAUUUGGUUCAACAACAUUUAAUCAGCCAGCCACCUCCUCCACAAGCACUGGCUUUGGAUUUGGAACGUCGACUGGGACAUCAAAUAGCCUUUUUGGAACUACCAGCACUGGUGGAGGCCUCUUCUCAUCCCAGAAUAAUGCCUUUGCACAGAAUAAGCCAGCGGGGUUUGGAAACUUUGGAACUAGCACCAGCAGUGGAGGUCUCUUUGGAACCACUAACACUACUUCCAAUCCUUUUGGAAGUACGUCUGGCUCUCUUUUUGGCCCAACUAGUUUCACCGCUGCUCCAACUGGCACGACUAUUAAGUUUAAUCCACCAACCGGUACCGAUACUAUGGUGAAAUCUGGAGUUAGCACAAACAUCAAUACCAAGCACCAGUGUAUCACUGCUAUGAAAGAAUAUGAAAGCAAAUCUCUUGAGGAGCUCCGUUUAGAAGACUACCAGGCAAAUAGGAAAGGGCCCUCCAAUCCUGUAGGAGCGGGAGCAGCUGCAGGCUUGUUUGGGUCUUCUACGGCGACAUCAAGUACAGCCACAGGACUUUUUGGCUCUUCUACUACUAACACCAGCUUUUCAUACGGACAGAACAAAACUGCUUUUGGAACCAGCACGACUGGCUUUGGAACAGGAACGACAGGGGGUCUUUUUGGUCAGCAAUCUCAAACUACGAGUCUGUUUAACAAACCGUUUGGUCAAGCCACAACAACGCAGAACACCGGCUUUUUUGGGAAUACCAGCACUCUAGGGCAGCCAAACACGAACACAAUGGGUCUCUUUGGGGUAACCCAGCCCUCACAGCCUGGAGGCCUUUUUGGAACAGCUGCCAAUACAAAUGCUGGUACUGGAUUUGGAACCGGAACUGGUCUUUUUGGACAAGCUAACACAGGAUUUGGUGUUGGCGGUUCGACCCUGUUUGGUAACAAGCCUGCUGGAUUUGGAACCACCACGACCAGUGCUCCCUCGUUUGGUACAACCACUGGCGGCGGGCUCUUUGGUUUUGGUGCCAAUACUGCUGGAAAUAGUUUGUUUGGAAAUAAGCCCGCAACUGGGACUCUGGGAACGGGGCUUGGAACAGGAUUUGGAACAGCUCUCGGGGCAGGACAGACGUCUUUAUUUGGAAACACCCAGCCUAAACUUGGUGGAACCCUGGGAACAGGAGCGUUUGGAGCACCAGGAUUCAAUACAUCAACAGCUACUCUGGGCUUUGGAGCCCCUCAGCCUGCUGUAGCACUGACGGACCCAAAUGCAUCAGCUGCCCAGCAAGCUGUCCUCCAGCAGCAUCUCAAUAGCCUGACUUACUCACCCUUUGGAGAUUCUCCGCUCUUCAGAAACCCUAUGUCAGACCCAAAGAAGAAGGAAGAGAGACUGAAACCAACUAACCCAGCAGCUCAGAAGGCCUUAACGACACCCACCCACUACAAGCUGACUCCGCGUCCAGCGACCAGAGUGCGACCGAAAGCUUUGCAGUCAGCUGGCUCUGCUAAAUCUCAUCUCUUUGAUGGUCUUGAUGACGACGAGCCUUCCCUGUCCAAUGGUGCAUUCAUGCCAAAGAAGAGCAUUAAAAAGUUGGUUUUGAAGAAUCUCAACAGUAGCAAUCUUUUCUCACCUGUUAAUCGUGAAAAUGAAGACCUGGCUUCUCCAUCGGAGUAUCCAGAGAAUGGAGAUCGGUUCUUCUUGUCAGUACCUCCCGAUGAAAACCACAGACAAGAUGGUGAGCGAGAGGAGGAUGAUGAUCAACAUGAAGUGACGAGGUUUUACACUAACCCCAUUGCCAAGCCCAUCCCACAGACGCCAGAGAACGCUGUGCACAAACACCAGAACAGCGUGGAUGAUACCAUUGUGGCUCUGAAUAUGCGGGUGGCCUUGCGAAAUGGUCUGGAAGGCAGCAGCGAGGAUGCCUCGUUUCAUGAUGAUUCCCUUCAGGAUGAGCGCGAAGAGGAGUCUGAAGCGGUGCAUCAUCUGCAUCCUGCAGGAAUUGUUCUGACGAGAGCUGGCUAUUACACCAUCCCGUCCAUGGAGGAGCUAGCUAGAUUUACCAAUGACAGAAAUGAAUGUAUUGUGACAGACUUCACCAUAGGCCGCAAAGGUUAUGGAUCAAUAUACUUUGAAGGAGAAGUAAAUCUAACUAACUUAAAUCUGGAUGAGAUUGUACAUAUCCGUAGAAAAGAAGUUAUUGUUUACCCUGACGAUGAAAGAAAACCACCGAUUGGUGAAGGUUUAAAUAGACGAGCUGAAGUUACUUUAGAUGGAGUCUGGCCUACAGAUAAAACAUCUCGCUGCCUGAUAAAAAGCCCUGAACGACUGGCCGAGAUGAAUUAUGAAGGUAGGCUGGAGGCUGUGUCUCGGAAGCAGGGCGCUCGAUUCAAGGAAUACCGCCCAGAGACGGGAUCUUGGGUGUUCAAGGUGGCACACUUUUCCAAGUAUGGCUUGCAAGAUUCAGAUGAGGAAGAGGAAGAGCAUCCUUCAAAAGUGGACACAAAGAAGUUAAAAACUACACCUGUGCCACCCCCAGGGCACCUGCCGCCCCAGCAAAUGACCCUAAACGGCAAGCCAACACCUCCGGCUCAGACCCCAGAAGUGGAGCAGCUGGGCAGGGUUGUGGAACUGGACAGCGAUAUGGCGGACAUCACCCAGGAGCCUCCCCAGGAGUCCAUUGGGGAAGAUAACAUGAUAGAAGAGCCAGAGGCAGUGCCUGCUUCCACUCACAUCGCGUCAACCUUGGGUAUUAACCCCCAUGUCUUGCAGAUUAUGAAAGCUUCCUUGCUUGCCGAUGAAGAUGACCUAGACUUGAUCCUGGAUCAUUAUCCUGGGAAGCAACCUGCAAAGAUGGAUACUUCACAAGAGAUCUGUUCUCCGAGGCUCCCUAUUUCAAAAUCACAAGGACAGAAAAGAUGCUCAGUUGGCGGGCUGCUGCAGUCAAAAUUUGCUAACGUAAUUUUCCAACCACCAAGUGCUGCUCUGCAAGAUCUCAAGGGCCCCAGGACUUCGAGCAGUCCCCCGUCUGUUGCCCUUUGGUCGGCGACUUCUCCAUUAGCGUCUGCGUUCUCUGUACCACCGUCAGUCCCUGAGGUACAGAUGAAAACAGUUGGUGUCCGCAGGCAGCAGGGGCUGGUACCGCUGGAGAAGUCCAUCACCUACAGAAAAGGGAAGCUACUGAUGGAUAUGGCACUCUUCAUGGGGCGCUCAUUUCGUGUUGGUUGGGGACCCAACUGGACGCUUGUCAAUUGUGGAGAUCAGUUGAGUGUAUCAAGUGAAAUGGAAGAGCUUCAGUGUGAGUCUGUGGAGUAUGGAUUCCUGCCAACUCCUGUUGCUCCAAAAUCACUCUCAGAAUCCUCUUUCAAGGUUCACGUGGAGAAGCUGAGCUUAGAACAACGGAAGAUGGACAGAGACAAACAGCUGUAUCUCAUCCCUCUGGAGAUAAAGCUGAAACACAGCACUGUCCAUAUGGAUGAACAAUGUCCUCUUCUAGCGCCCAACUCAGGAGUUUCUGCUAUUCACGACUACGCUGACUGGGUUAGGAAGGCAUCCGAGGAUCCUGCUGUGACAGAAACUGUUGUGAAGCACUGGGGCUUGACGUGGACUUUAUGUGAAGCGAUUUGGGGGAACUUAAAGGAGUUAGAGGCCAGCUUGGAGGAACCCAGUGAAUACAUCCUAGCCCUGGAGCGCAGGAAAGCCUUCUCUCGCUGGCUGUCGGAGACUGCUGCAGGACGAAUUGAGGAGGAAGUCUCUCUGUCCCGACAUGGUAAUCACGUAGAGGCUGUGUUCAGCUGCCUUACUGGGAAGAGAAUCGGUGAAGCUUGCAGGCUGGCACAGCAGUCAGGUGACCACAGGCUCGCUCUGCUCCUCUCCCAGCUGGCCGGCAGCCAGCCCCUUCGGGACCUCCUCACCAUGCAGCUGGUGGACUGGCACAGGCUGCAGGCGGACUGCUUCAUCCAGGAAGAGAGGUUGCGGAUCUUUGCCCUGCUCGCAGGAAAGCCAGUGUGGCAGCUAUCAGAGAGAAUAAGUAUCAAUGUGUGCUCGCUGCUGGACUGGAAGCGUUGCAUGGCUGUCCACCUCUGGUACCUGCUGCCUCCAACAGCUUCGGUGUCCAAGGCACUGGCCAUGUACGAGUCAGCGUUUCAGAACACACCAGAGUGUGAAAAAUACGCCUGCUGUCCUCUGCCUCCAUACCUAGAAGAUUCUGGUUGUGUAAUUGAAGAAGACGAUAAUGCAGGAAGACCUCUGAGAGAUGUCUGUUUCCAUUUGCUAAAGCUCUACAGUGACAGGCACUAUGAUCUCGACCAGCUGCUUGAUCCCAGGAGUGUAACGUCUGACCCUCUGGACUAUCGUCUCAGUUGGCACCUGUGGGAAGUGCUCCGAGCCCUGAACUAUACCCAUCUGUUCAAGCAGAGUCAAGGAGUGCUGAACGCUAGCUACGCUGCCCAGCUGGAAAGCGAGGGUCUUUGGGAAUGGGCUGUUUUUGUACUCCUGCAUGAGCCCGAUACGCACAUACGGGAGAAGGCAGUGCGUGAACUCUUAAAUCGGCAUUGCGCUCUCUCCGAGACACCAGAGUCUUGGGCCAAGGAGACUUUUCUGACGCAGAGGCUCUGCGUCCCCCCGGAGUGGAUUCAUGAAGCAAAGGCAGUUCGAGCGAGGAUGGAGGGCGACAAGCAUAAAGAAGCCCUCUUCUUGUUCAAGGCUGGGCACUGGAACCAGUGUCACAAGCUGGUUGUCAGGCACUUAGCCUCAGAUGCUAUCAUUAAUGAAAACUACAAGUACCUGAAAGGAUUCCUGGAAGAUCUUGCCCCUCCAGAGCGUAGUGCGCUCAUCCAGGACUGGGAGAUGGCAGGGCUGGUCUACCUCGAUUACAUCCGUGUUAUUGAGAUGCUCGAUAGGAUUCAACAGCUGGAUUGUUCCACCUAUGAGCUGGAGCGGUUACAUACCAAAGUGACGUCGCUGUGCAACAGGAUAGAGCAGAUCCAGUGCCACAACGCGAAGGACCGCCUGGCUCAGUCAGAUAUGGCCAAGCGCAUCACUAACCUGCUGCGGGUGGUCCUCAGCCUGCAGCACGCCCCAGAGCCCGUCUCCGACUCCACGCCUGACCUGCAGCGCGUCCCUCUUCGCCUGCUCGCUCCUCACAUCGGCCGGCUGCCUAUGCCGGAGGACUAUGCCUUGGAGGAGCUCCGCAGCCUCACCCAGUCUUACCUCCGGGAGCUGACAGUGGUGACUCACUGA